CAUUUUUCUUUUCUUGAAAAGACCAAACAACUUUAUCUGCCUGUAAGAAAAGACACCGAUUAUUUAUAACAAAAGACUAUCUGUUUCACGUCUUCAUCAUUCAAUCUCCAGAAGUCUUCUGAUCUCUGCGUAAAAAGUGGUGCUGGACACAGAAACCCCCAAAAACCAGAAAAAGAUGGCGCAAGAAUCAUCAAUCAACACAGCUUCACGUAGAACCAGAAUACUACACAACCAUCUUGUUCAAUCUCAUUCAAAACCCACUUCUUGUCUUCAAUCAAAUUCUUGUUUAAGCUACUCCCCACCAGAACUAGCAGAAAGUUUCGAUUUUGACGUCAAAGAAAUGAGAAAAAUUCUUGAUUUCCACAACUUAGAGGAUAGGGACUGGUUGUUUGGUGUUAUCAAACAAGGGAGCGUGUUUAAUGGGAAAGAGAGAGGUGGGAGGUUGUUUGUAAGCCCUGAUUAUAAUCAGACAAUGGAGCAGCAAAGAGAGAUGACCAUGAAAAGGAUUGAGUAUUUGUUAGAAAGAGGUGCUUUUGAUGGAUGGUUGACAAAAAAAGGGGUUCAAGCUGAAUUGAAAAAGUUGGCUUUCCUUGAAGUUAUUCAGAUUUUUGAUCACUCUCUUUCUGUUAAGAUUGGUGUUCAUUUCUUCUUAUGGGGUGGUGCUAUCCAAUUUAUGGGCACAAAACGCCACCAUGACAAGUGGCUAAGAGACACUGAGACUUUUGCAAUCAAAGGUUGCUUUUCUAUGACUGAGUUGGGGCAUGGAAGUAAUGUUCGAGGAAUUGAAACAGUCACAACUUAUGAUUCGAAGACGGGAGAGUUUGUAAUCAAUACCCCAUGUGAAUCAGCUCAGAAGUAUUGGAUAGGAGGGGCUGCUAAUCAUGCAACACACACUAUAGUCUUUUCUCAGCUCAACAUAAAUGGGGUGAAUGAAGGGGUCCACGCUCUUAUAGCCCAGAUCAGGGAUGUAAAUGGAAACAUAUGCCCAAACAUCCGUAUAGCUGAUUGUGGCCACAAAAUUGGUUUGAACGGUGUUGAUAAUGGUCGAAUCUGGUUUGAUAAUGUGCGAAUCCCCAGAGAGAACUUGUUGAAUUCGGUUGCUGAUGUUUCACCAGAUGGUCAAUAUCUGAGUUCAAUAAAAGACCAAGACCAAAGGUUUGCAGCAUUCUUGGCCCCUUUGACAUUUGGUCGUGUAACUAUUGCUACAAGUGCAAUUUACUCUGCAAAGAUUGGUUUGGCAAUUGCCAUUAGGUAUGCCUUGAGCAGGCGGGCAUUUUCUAUUACUCCUAAUGGACCUGAAGUCCUUUUGCUUGAUUACCCAAGUCAUCAACGCCGACUCUUGCCUCUUCUUGCUAAGUCGUAUGCUAUGAGUUUUGGUGGAAAUUACUUGAAAAUGAUGUACGUGAACAGAACCCCUGAAUCAGCCAAAACUCUUCAUGUUGUUUCAAGUGCAUUCAAGGCUAUCUUCACGUGGCAUAACAUGAGAACCCUCCAGGAAUGCCGUGUGAGCAAGGCACUCCUUUCAGAAUAUGUAGCUGCAAAGAAGAAAAACAAACCUUUCAAAGGUUUGGGAUUAGAACACAUGAAUGGACCCGUCCCUGUAAUUCAAUCUAAUCUUACAAGCACUACCCUCAGGAACAGCCAAUUCCAGAUGAAUGUUCACUGCUUGAGGGAACGAGAUCUUCUGAACCGUUUUGCUGCAGAAGCGUCACUUUAUCAAUCAAAGGGAGAAAGCAAAGAGCGAGCAUUUAUUCUGAGUUAUCAACUUGCAGAAGACUUGGGCAGAGCUUUCUCAGACAGAGCUAUUCUGCAGACCUUCAUUGAUGCUGAGGCAAAUGUAUCUGCUAGUCCCUUGAAGAAUGUCCUCGGUUUGUUGAGAUCCAUGUAUGCCUUGAUCUGUUUGGAAGAAGACGCCGCUUUCCUUCGGUACGGGUACUUAUCAACAGACAACGCAGCUGCUGUGAGGAACGAAGUGACAAAGCUCUGCGGAGAAUUGCGACCACAUGCACUUGCACUGGUCAGUUCUCUCGGCAUUCCUGACGCCUUUUUGAGCCCCAUAGCAUUUAACUGGAUCGACGCCAAUUCAUGGUCUUCAGUUCAGAAAUAGUGCCUUGAAUCGCUCUCUUUUCUUAAGGAGGAGUUUGAUUGUUUCCCUUGCUUUAUGUCUUAAUAAGAAAUCGAGGUGACAACCCAAAUUGCUGUGAUGAUGCUCAUCUAUACGUAAAACCAUCUAUUAAUAAAUAAUCAUCAUCGUUCAUGUUUAUUAGAA